AAAACCGAAGCUUCUUACGCUAAAACCCUCAUUCUACACUCGUACAGCUACACGCGUCCUUAAACCCCUAAAAAUGUCAUCUCUAACUCGCGUCCUCCGCCGCACCUUCUCCACAACCCCAAACCCACAGCCCGACUCCGUUCGGAAAUUCUCGGAGGAUCUCUACAAAGAGCGGGACCUCAAGCGUCUCGUUGAAAAAUUCAAGAAAUCUUGCGAGUACAGCCGCUUCCGCAGACGAAGCGGCAUCUAUGAAGAUAUUGUUCGUCGCCUUGCUUCAGCUGGGCGCUUCCAAUGGAUCGAAGAAGUCCUGGAAGAUCAAAAGAAAUACCAAGAUAUUUCCAAAGAAGGCUUUGCUGCUAGAUUAAUCCAUUUGUACGGUAAAUCGGGCAUGUUUGAGCAAGCUUACAAGGUGUUUGAUGAAAUGCCGAAUAGAGGAUUGCUGUCUUUCAAUGCUCUUAUGGGAGCUUGCGUGAAUGCCAAAAAGUUUGAUAAGGUUAAUGGGUUUUUCAAGGAGCUGCCGGAAAAGUUGUCAGUUGAGCCAGAUUUGGUUUCUUAUAAUACGGUUAUAAAGGCUUUCUGUGAGAUGGGUUCUUUAGAUUCUGCUGGAUUGAUGCUUGAUGAGAUGGAGAAGAAGGGUGUGCAGCCGGAUGUGAUUACUUUUAACACGCUUUUAUACGAGUUUUUUAAGAAUGGAAGGUUUGAUGAUGGGGAGAAGAUAUGGGGUAAAAUGGUGGAGAAAAAUGUGGAGCCUGAUAUUAGGAGUUAUAAUGCUAAGUUGCUUGGAUUUUCAACUGAAAAGAAAAUGAAAGAGGCAGUUAACUUGGUUGAAGAAAUGAGGAGUAAAGGACUUAAGCUUGAUGUGUUUACCUUCAAUUAUAUGAUUAGAGGAUUUGUUAAUGAGGGAAAAUUGGAAGAAGCUAAAGAGUGGUAUAAUCAGAUAGGGAAAAAUGAAUGUGCACCAGAUAAGCUGACUUUUACGAUGUUAGUUCCAUUCCUUUGUGAGAAGGGUGAUUUGAGUUUUGCCAUUGAGCUGUGCAAGGAGAUUUUUGGUAGGAAGAAAUUGGUUGAUGCUGCAUUGUUACAGCGAGUGGUGGAUGAAUUGGUCAAAGCCUCCAACAUUGAAGAUGCAAAGGAACUCGUGAAGCUUGCUAAGACGAAUAAUUUCUGUCGUUAUAAGAUGAAAAUGCCUGCAGAGUAGUGCCAUGGUUUUACCAUAGCUAUUUUAUCUUUCAUUUUAGUUAAUCUAGUCUGAACGAGUAUCUAAAAGCAAGUGGUUUUUUUUUACCUCUUGCAGCCAACUACUUUCAUGUUAGUGGCGGAGGUAAUAUUGAUCUGUUUUCUACUCAGUGGUUUUCUGCAGCUUUAGCUUUUGGUAUCGAACCUCAAAGUUACAUGAUGAAUUGAAUUUUGGAACUGAAACUUUGAUAAUCAUCUUUGUUUUGCAGUUGGUAUUUUAUAUUAGCUCUGUUUUGGGAUCAAAAUGAAUUGUAUGAUUUUGGGAUGCGCCUGUUCUCUCUACUUGAACUGCAACACUUCAACUGUAAACCUAAAGCAAAACUUCAAAAACAUACAUCAUCGAUGGUACUGAAGAGCUUCUUGGUGAGGUCCUUGAGAGUUUUCUUCUCAUCUUUGGACUUGGCAGCAAUGACGGUGUUGAGGUCAUAGCGGAGAUACUCGGCCUUGAGACGGAGAUCAUUCAUGACAUAAGGCCAGGCUUUUUUGUCAAUCAAGUUCUUGACACCCAGAAUGUCCUUGGCUGAUUCCUUUGCUCUCUGUGCUGCCUGAGCUGGAGUAAGUGGUUGGAGGAAGAACCUGUCUUUGUAUGGCAGAACAAGGUCUCUUGGCUCAUCAGAGUUCAGAGUUCCAGCUGCCGACAUGCCGAUUUCAUCAUCAAAUUACAAAAUUUGAACAUUUAUAAAAUAUAUAAUGAUUCCAUUUUUCCAGCUAAAA